AGGCAGGAAGACAGGACCAUGUCGAAGGGCCCCGGGCCCGGCGGCUCCGCAGCUUCCUCGGCGCCCCCGGCCGCUACCGCUCAGGUGCUGCAGGCACAGCCCGAGAAACCGCAGCACUACACGUAUCUGAAGGAGUUCCGCACGGAGCAGUGCCCACUCUUCGUGCAGCACAAAUGCUCUCAGCACCGGCCCUACACCUGCUUCCACUGGCACUUCGUGAACCAGCGGCGGCGCCGGUCCAUCCGCCGACGGGACGGCACCUUCAACUACAGCCCCGACGUCUACUGCACCAAGUACGACGAGGCGACAGGCCUCUGCCCAGAGGGCGACGAGUGCCCGUUCCUGCACAGGACCACAGGGGACACGGAGCGCAGGUACCACCUCCGCUACUACAAAACGGGGAUCUGCAUCCACGAGACAGACUCCAAAGGCAACUGCACCAAAAACGGCCUGCACUGCGCCUUUGCCCACGGGCCCCAUGACCUCCGCUCCCCCGUCUACGACAUCAGGGAGCUCCAGGCCAUGGAGGCCUUGCAGAACGGCCAGCCCACCGUGGAGGGCAGCAUCGAGGGACAGUCGGCAGGGGCCGCAAGCCAUGCCAUGAUAGAGAAGAUCCUCAGUGAGGAGCCUCGAUGGCAAGAGACCGCUUACGUGCUGGGGAACUAUAAGACGGAGCCGUGCAAGAAGCCUCCGCGGCUGUGCCGCCAGGGCUACGCCUGUCCCUACUACCACAACAGCAAGGACCGGCGGCGGGGCCCCCGCAAGCACAAAUACAGGUCGUCUCCGUGCCCGAAUGUGAAACACGGGGACGAGUGGGGAGACCCUGGCAAGUGUGAGAAUGGAGAUGCCUGUCAGUAUUGCCACACGCGCACGGAGCAGCAGUUCCACCCGGAGAUCUACAAAUCCACCAAGUGCAACGACAUGCAGCAGGCGGGUAGCUGUCCCCGCGGACCCUUCUGCGCCUUUGCCCACGUAGAACAGCCUCCCCUGAGUGAUGACCUGCAGCCUUCCUCAGCUGUGUCCAGCCCUACCCAGUCGGGCCCCGUCCUGUACAUGCCGUCCGCGGCCGGAGACUCGGUGCCUGUGAGCCCCUCCAGCCCGCACGCCCCUGACCUCAGCACCCUUCUCUGUAGAAACAGCAGCCUGGGCAGUCCAUCCAACCUUUGUGGCUCCCCCCCAGGCUCCAUUAGGAAGCCCCCCAACCUAGAGGGCAUUGUCUUCCCUGGGGAGUCUGGCCUCGCCCCUGGUAGCUACAAGAAGGCUCCAGGCUUCGAGAGAGAGGACCAGAUGGGAGCUGAAUACCUGAAAAACUUUAAAUGCCAGGCCAAAUUAAAACCCCACUCACUAGAGCCCAGAAGUCAAGAGCAGCCUUUGCUACAGCCCAAACAGGACGUGCUGGGCCUCCUCCCUGUGGGCAGCCCCCUGACCUCAAGCAUCUCUUCUAGCAUCACCUCCAGCUUGGCAGCUACUCCCCCUAGUCCUGCGGGCACCAGCAGCGUACCUGGCAUGAAUGCAAACGCACUGCCCUUCUACCCUACCAGCGACACGGUAGAGUCGGUCAUAGAGUCUGCCCUGGAUGACCUGGACCUGAACGAGUUUGGAGUGGCUGCUCUGGAGAAGACCUUUGAUAACAGCACGGUGCCCGCCCCGGGCAGCAUCACGCUCGGUGGCAGUUUGCUGCAGAGCUCUGCACCCGUGAGCAUCCCAGGCUCCCUGGGCAGCUCGGCCUCCUUUCACUCAGCAUCCCCGUCCCCUCCCGUCAGCCUCUCCUCACACUUCCUGCAGCAGCCCCAGGGCCACCUGAGCCAGUCAGAAAACACGUUUUUGGGGACCUCGGCAUCACAUGGAUCUCUGGGUUUGAAUGGGAUGAACAGCAGCAUCUGGGAGCACUUUGCCUCUGGAAGCUUCUCCCCAGGCACAUCCCCUGCCUUCCUGUCAGGGCCGGGGGCCGCGGAGCUGGCUCGGCUUCGGCAGGAGCUCGAGGAAGCCAACGGUACCAUUAAGCAGUGGGAGGACUCCUGGAAGCAGGCCAAGCAGGCUUGUGAUGCCUGGAAGAAGGAGGCGGAGGAGGCCAGCGAGCGGGCCAGCGCGGCAGGUGCCGAGUGUGAGCUGGCCCGGGAGCAGCGGGACGCGCUGGAGCUGCAGGUGAAGAAGCUGCAGGAGGAACUGGAACGGCUGCACUCGGGGCCCGAGCCCCUGGCCCUGCCUGCUUUCUCCGACCUGGAGGCCCUCUCGCUCUCCACGCUCUACUCCCUCCAGAAGCAGCUGCGGGCCCACCUGGAGCAAGUGGACAAGGCCGUGUUCCACAUGCAGUCGGUGAAAUGCCUUAAGUGUCAGGAGCAGACCCGGGCGGUACUGCCGUGCCAACACGCCGUGCUCUGCGAGCUGUGUGCCGAGGGCGGCGAAUGCCCCGUGUGCCAGCCAGGCCGGGCCCACACCCUCCCGUCGUGA